CCCUAAAGCAUGUCGAAUAAUCGAGUGAAAUAUGAAAAAGCCAGACGACGUUUGGCCGCUGUAACGUUUUUAUCAAAUAUAUCUCUCGAUGGGACGUUUAGAGAUACCGAAUUAUGCAAGAUUGCCAAUAAAAAGAAUGAUAAAACGGAUUGUGGAACGAGAGUGGUCGAUAUUAGCUAUCCUAACGAUAAACAUAGUGCCUUAAGAAAGAGCGCGUUAAGCCGCGGUAAACUGCCGCAUUCGAGUCCCAUUCACCGCGUCGGCGCCGAUAAUAACUCUCUGAGUUCAGACUCUGAUUAUAAUACCACCAUUACCCCUGUCAAAAUUUUCAACCAAUCUUUCAGAGACAGAUGUUCGUCGACAAAUACAGAGUCGUUCAAGGAAAAGUUGACAAAUAGAGUAAGAAAAGGUCAUCACCAUAUAAUUACUAUAGCCAGCAUCACUGAUGAUAGGAGCAGCUCAGAAAGUUUAACAUUCGGAAGAUUUCGAGCCAGUGGUGUUUAUAUUCCUGAGCAUGCAGUGGCUAAAGGAGUUCGAAUAAUACAGCCAGCUAAAGGUGUAUCAUUUAAGGAUGAAAGGCUCGCAUUUUCUGUGGCAAAAAGUGUCCCUUGUGUUGUGUUUAGCACUAUACCAUAUUCCAAAACGAUUAGAAAUGCAAGAGCUGACUUAAGAAAAGAUGGAGUCCGUAGGCGUAACACUUCUGGUCCUAGACCCUUGUCUUCAAUCACAGACAAUGGUAUGGAUCCUUUUGAUCUUCUUGGCCUUGAGAGAGAAGAAAAUGGUCAAGAAAUAUCAUAUUCAAGGUUACUUGUACCAUCUAGAGUGUUUACAAGAGAACAGUAUAAGAGAAUGUAUGAUGGUGAUUUCCACGAUAAGAACUGGAAGAUGUUGCAUAGACACCCUCAUGUCAUUGCCAGGACUAAAUUAUUGACGAGGCACAAGGAUAAUAAGAAAUGGUGUUUCUCAUAUGAGGCGCACCAAAGAAGUGCAAUGGCUGCUUCUCCACCUCACUCUUCAGUGGAUUGCAAGACAUUUGAUUGGGAUGAGCCAUCUAUACUUGCUAAGAAAUAUCUACACUAUUGUCCAAAUGUUCUGGAUGACCCGGAAUUAAUCGCAGGCAAGCACAGGACCCUGCUCACUUUCACUUCAUAUAUGACUUCGAUUAUCGACUAUGUUCGUCCUCAAGAUCUCAAGAAAGAGUUGAAUGACAAGUUUAGGGAGAAGUUCCCUCAUAUAAAUUUGACGCUCAGCAAACUUAGAAGUUUAAAAAAAGAGAUGCGGAAGAUAGCAAAGCAUGAUAAUGGCGGUAUAGAUUUGUUGUCAGUCGCUCAGGCUUAUGUGUAUUUUGAGAAGUUGAUCCUCGCCAAUUAUGUUAAGAAAGACAACAGGAAACUGUGCGCUGGAGCAUGCUUAUUACUCUCGGCUAAAUUGAACGACGUAAAAGGCGAAAUGCUCAAGUCUUUAAUUGAGCGCAUCGAGACUACGUUCAGGUUAAAUAGAAAAGACUUGUUACGAUUCGAGUUUGCCGUCCUUGCAGCUUUGGAAUUUGGAUUACACGUGCCUCCAUAUGAGGUGUUUCCGCACUACCAGCGGCUAAUGCACGAUUCGUGACACUGGCGAAGGCUGGCCGUCGAGCCGUGCGUGCCAUACGCAAGACUUUGCCGCCUCAGGCGUGCAACUCUUGUAGAUAAUUUCAGAGCUGCUGGCUGGUGGUAACACUUAUAUUUUAUUAGCUAAGGCAAGAGUGUGGCUGUAAUUAACGCGGCUUCGUUGGAGCGGGAACAUUCUAAUUGGCUCUUGAUUGAUAUUGUUGCAACGUAAUAAAAUGUUUGUAUAGCGCGAUGGGUUGUGCAAUAUAAUUUUAUUAGGUAUUCGUAAACAUUCAAUGUACCGUUUAAAUGAUUAAGAAAACUCUCAUAUUAUUUUGUUACAAUUUAAAGGUUUUAGCAGGAUAAGAAUACAGUAGUUGUUACUGUUGGAGUAUCAGCCAGGACCUAAAGACUUCAUCAUAAUACGUAUCUGAUUAGACUUUGACCUUAAAUUGAUUUG